AAUUGGAGUAUUCGUAAUGUAGGAUGUAUUUUUGCCAUUUUAAUAUUGUCAUUCUAUGUCAUGAAGUAUUCAUAGUUUAAAACGAUAACGUUUAUGACUUUGUCAUAGUUAUAAAUUUAAUUGUAAAAGGUUGCAAUAUGCACAUGUACAUUUUGACAACGUAUUUUUAAUCAUAUUUUAAGUCAAAAAUAUACUUGAUACAGUGCCGUGCUGGUCGUUUUGAUUAAAGAUGGAGGAGGCUGGUAAUGAGAAGUUUCUGUCAAGGAGGCGUUCCGCAGCUCUUAAAGCUUUCAAAGUUAAAGACGAACGAGUAGCAACUUUUAAAAAGGUAGCUGCGAUUUUGCAAAAAUCUGAAAGAGACAGAACUGCAGAAGAAACAGGGAUACUCGUAUCUUGUAGUGAUGUAGUAAAAGAGGUUAAUUUAAGACAAGAGAAAAGGCAUAGAGUAAAAGCAAGACUUGAAGAGGUAGAAGAUGCACCAGAAAUUUUAGAAGAAAAGUGUAUAAGGUUGGCUGCAGCUAUCAGUAGAGCAACAUCGCUUGCUGUUUAUACUGGUGCUGGUAUUAGUACAGCUGCUUCUAUCCCUGAUUAUAGAGGAACAAAUGGUGUUUGGACUCGUUUACAACAAGGAAAAGAUAUCGGAAAUCAUGAUCUUAGCCAAGCAGAACCAACGUUGACACAUAUGGCUCUUUAUGCCUUAUAUAAAGCAAGGGUUUUAAAACAUGUAGUUUCUCAAAAUUGUGAUGGACUUCAUUUGCGUAGUGGAAUACCUCGUACACUUCUAUCUGAAGUUCAUGGCAAUAUGUAUGUAGAAGUUUGUAGAAUGUGUAAACCAUAUAGAGAAUAUUGGAGAUUGUUCGAUGUUACUGAAAAAACAGCUCGAUAUUCUCAUGGUACUGGAAGAUUAUGCCAUAGAUGUAACUCUGGUUUGCAAGAUUCCAUUGUUCAUUUUGGUGAAAGAGGCAAUCUUCCUUGGCCAAUUAAUUGGAAUGGUGCAACAAGAGCAGCAAAACAAGCAGAUGUUAUAUUGUGUUUAGGUUCUAGCUUAAAAGUUCUGAAGAAAUACCCAUGGUUGUGGCAGAUGGAUAGGCCGAUACACAAACGUCCGUCACUGUACAUCGUAAAUUUACAAUGGACACCAAAGGACGAAAAUGCAGUUUUGAAAAUAAAUGGAAAAUGCGACGAAGUUAUGAAAAGAAUUAUGGCUCAUCUUGGGUUGGAAAUACCACAGUAUAAUCGUGCCAAGGAUCCUAUUUUUUUCCACGCUGUACGACUUAGAAAUAAUGAACAGCACACAACAAGUCAACCUUGCUUGGAAGAGCCAUCCAAUGUUGUUCAUAAGGAACUAAAUCAAAUUAAUGACAAUUUUCACGAAGAUGUUUCAUCCGAAACCAAAGAGGAAGAAUGUGUUUCACCCAAAAGAGUAACCGAAUCAAUGUCUGCUUAUUCAGCACCAUUUUUUACUGCAUUACCAUUUUUGUCCAUGGGCUUACCAUUUCCACCAAUGUAUAUGUGCCCUCAACUAACACCACUUUUUUAUUAUCCAUUCAUGCAAGUACCGAAUAUGACCUCAGACGUGCCAAAACCUAAACCUACGUGUAUUUUUUGCAUGGAAAAUGAAGGCUCUCUUACUUGCCUUUAUUAUCAACGAGACGCAGAUAAUUCUAAUUUAAUAGGACCCGAAAGUAAGCAGAUAAAAGAUACAAAAACAUUGGUAAUCCAUGCAGAUCCUCCAAUAGCUGCUAAAAAUCCUGGGUGGUUUGGUAAAGGAUAUCGCAAAGGCAUGAAAAAGAAACGGUAGCAUUUACUCUUUCUCAUAUACGACCUUUCUUUCAUUUCUGUUAUAAUGUGAACGUAUAUAUGACAUAUGAUAUAUGAUAAUGUAUGUAAAUGUUUGAUUUCUCCAUAUCAUGAUGAGAUCUGUAUACACAAUUUAGAUAUGUGUAGGAAUUUAAGUACCCAAAAUUUUAGCAAUUAAUUAAAUUAAAGUAUUUAAAAUUAAAAAACUUAAAUCUCCAUA